AUGUCUGGAAAGCCAGUCUGCAUUGCUGAUUUUGAAAAAUAUGCUGAAAAAUUUCUGCCCAAAUCAGUGUAUGAUUACUACAGAUCUGGAGCAGAUGAGCAGGAAACACUAGCAGAUAACAUAGCAGCAUUUUCAAGAUGGAAGCUCUACCCUCGGGUGCUCAGGGACGUUUCAGUAAUGGACCUGUCAACCUCAGUCCUAGGGCAGAAAGUCAGCAUGCCAGUCUGCGUCGCAGCCACCGCGAUGCAGCGCAUGGCUCACGCCGAUGGAGAGACAGCCACUGCUAAAGCCUGCCACGCAAUUGGGACAGGGAUGAUGCUCAGCUCCUGGGCCACCUCUUCCAUUGAAGAAGUGGCUGAAGCAGCUCCCUCUGGCCUUCGCUGGCUGCAGCUUUACGUGUACAAGGACCGGGAGCUUACGAGAUCCUUGGUGAGGCGUGCGGAGAGAGCGGGCUACAAAGGAGUCUUUGUGACGGUGGACACGCCGAUCCUGGGCAGGCGCAUUGAUGACGUGCGCAACAGGUUCCAGCUUCCUCCUCACCUCAGAUUAAAAAACUUCUCAAGUGAGCUGGCAUUAUCCACAAGGAAAGAUUUUGGAGAAAAUAGUGGCCUGGCUGUGUAUGUAGCUGAGACAAUAGAUGCAAGCCUCAACUGGGAGGACAUCAAAUGGCUUCGAGAGCUGACCUCACUGCCCAUUGUGGUGAAAGGAAUCCUCAGGGCUGAUGAUGCUAAAGAAGCUGUAAAGAUUGGGGUAAACGGUAUCCUGGUGUCAAAUCAUGGAGCACGACAGCUUGAUGGGGUCCCUGCAACUAUUGAUGUCUUGCCUGAAAUUGUUGAGGCUGUGGAAGGCAGGGUGGAGGUGUUCCUGGAUGGUGGUGUAAGAAAAGGCACAGACGUCCUCAAAGCGCUGGCUCUUGGUGCCAAAGCUGUGUUCAUCGGAAGACCAGUCCUCUGGGGCUUGGCUUAUCAAGGUGAAGAAGGAGCAAAAGAAGUUCUCCGGGUGCUGAAGGAAGAGUUUCGCUUGGCAAUGGCGCUGACAGGAUGCCACAAAGUAGAAGAAAUUGGCAGGUCGCUGCUCCGAAGACAUGAAGUAUUGUUUUCCAAGAUGUAGCUCUGAAGACCAAUUGUUUGUGUGUUGCUUAUUGCACAGGAAGUUUGCUACUGGACAAAAGGAAACUGCAUUCACUCUUUGAGCCUCAUCCUGCAAUCCUGACUGAGAAGGGGUGGUCUGUAGGAGAUCACUUGUUGAAGAAAGUAAUUGAAGCAAAUUUUACAGGUGUUUCCGUAGUCUCCUAAGCUCUUAAGGAAAGCUGUUCUACUGGGAGAUGUAAUUAAAGAUGAACCUUUAUACAUGAAGAUCAACAUGGAACCUUCAAAGUGUUUUGCCAUAAAUGCAAUAUUAAGUUACAUGCCUGAAAAUAACUUAGCUGUCAGGAUGAAACUAUAAACAGAAACGUUUUUGUAGCAAACAGCUAUCAAAAUGCAGAAGAUAAUGCAAAAUGUAAAGGAUAAUUUCUUGCUUGAUGCUUAGAGAAACUACACUGUAGACUUCAGAGAUUAAAUCUUGCUUUCUUAUGAACAUGGUGUCAUUUCCCUACUGACUCCGUGCUGUUACUUUAUAAGCAGGUGAGGACUCAAUUUUAGAGAACUCAACAGCAAAGCAAAAUUGGGGAAGUUCUGCUGGUUAAGUGACACCAGCCCCUUUGCCAUCAGACAGCUGUUAUAUGUGUGCAUCAUAGCUCAGAACCUUGUAGUACUGUUACCUUUAUCAAUCUGUGCUGGCUGCACACAGCUGACUCACGUUUUUAGCCUGUAUUCAUUUUUGACAGUGACAAUUGAAGGCUGAUGCUACCUGGGAGAGUUUGUAGGAUUUGCAGCCAUGUGCAAAAGAGGAACUUGAGCAGCUGAGACAUUAACUCAUGAAUUCAGAAGAUCCUGUUGGCUCUAUUCAGUUUCCAUGAACACCCUUCAGACAGAUAAAUCUCAGCCUUAUUUACUCUGCUUAUGAUAAAGAUACAGACAUAUACAGGAUCUGUUCUUCUGCUCUCUGAAAAAUCCAAAUGCAUGCUGAAUUCAGGAGCAAUUUUGCAACUGUAAACAACAAAAGUAUAGCUUCAUACUACAAAGUGACUUUUCCCAAAUUGAGUAAGUAGGCAGAGGAGGUAUAAGACUCUACUAAUCUCAUUUUGGGUAAAACUAAGGGUGGCUCUCCAUCUGUCUCAUUUCUGUUGCAGGUAUAGCAGUGUCACCGGGAGCAGGGAGAUGCCACUACAGAAAGGUUUUGUAAAUCUUGUUUUAGAAACACAGUGUUUGUUUUUAAGGAGGAUUUUAAUUAAAAAUAAAGCCUUGAUUUCAUUCUUCCACUGUCACUGACAUCACUGGCUCAGCCAUUUGUUUCCCAUCGGUGUCAGGAGGACUCGUGUGUCAGGAGGACUCUCCCUUUUUGCUCGAUUUGAAAUAUCCCUCACUGAGCUUUAGAGGCAGCCUUGUAAUAAAAUGAUGGAAUAUUACAAUGUGAACUAAAGCUGGGGCUGGAACUCAAAAUGGGGAGAAAACCCAAAAGGCCACAUG